AAAAUUAAAAAAAAAACAAAAACAAAACGCGUGGCAUCCCUUCAGCUCGUAAUCUUGAAAUCCAGUAGUAAGAGGAGAGAGAAAAACCACUCAAACAAUAAAACCACCUUCUUCCCACCCAAAUGUCCGAUCCUUUAUCAAUGGCGUCAUCCUUCUCUUCCACCGCCUCCGCCGCCGCCGCCGCUGCAACCGCCGCUUCUCGUCUUUUUCCUCCGACUUCCAUCUCUCAUCUUUCUCUCUCCUCUUCUUCUUCUUCUUCUUCGUCUUCCUUCAAAUGUCUCCGAUCAUCUCCGCUUGUUUCUCGCCUUUUUCUGAGACAGAGAGAAGGUUCGGUUUAUGUGACGAAGUCGAGGUUUAGUACAAAGUGUUAUGCUUAUGCUUCGGAUCCCGCGCAGUUGAAGAAUGCUAGGGAGGAUAUUAAGGAGCUUCUUCAGACUAAGUUUUGUCAUCCGAUUAUGGUGCGCUUAGGUUGGCAUGAUGCUGGUACUUAUAAUAAGGAUAUUAAAGAAUGGCCACAGAGAGGUGGAGCCAAUGGCAGUCUGAGGUUUGAGGCUGAGCUCAAACACGGAGCUAAUGCAGGCCUUAUAAAUGCAUUGAAACUUCUCCAGCCCAUAAAAGACAAGUACUCUGGAGUGACAUAUGCAGAUCUAUUCCAGUUGGCUAGUGCUACUGCAAUAGAGGAGGCUGGUGGUCCUAAGAUACCAAUGAAGUAUGGAAGAGUGGAUGUGACAGGUCCAGAGCAGUGCCCAGAAGAAGGAAGGCUUCCUGAUGCUGGACCUCCUUCACCUGCUCAACAUCUACGUGAUGUUUUCUACAGAAUGGGCUUGAAUGAUAAGGAUAUAGUAGCAUUAUCUGGAGCACAUACAUUGGGAAGGUCUAGACCUGAACGCAGUGGUUGGGGCAAACCAGAGACUAAAUACACGAAAGAUGGACCGGGAGCUCCAGGAGGGCAGUCCUGGACUGUGCAGUGGUUGAAGUUUGAUAAUUCCUAUUUUAAGGAUAUCAAAGAGAAGAGAGAUGCAGAUUUGCUUGUUUUGCCAACUGAUGCUGCUCUUUUUGAAGAUCCAUCUUUCAAGGUAUAUGCUGAGAAAUACGCAGCUGAUCAGGAUGCAUUUUUCAAGGAUUAUGCUGAAUCCCAUGCCAAGCUGAGCAACCAAGGAGCCAAAUUUGACCCUCCUGAGGGUUUCUCUCUUGAUGGAAGUCCAGCUGGAGCAGCGCCAGAGAAGUUUGAAGCAGCCAAGUACUCAUCUAACAAGGAUUAAAGAAAAGAAACACAAAAGUGUCAUUUUUCGUGUGACUUUUGUCUUUUUAAAUAAACACAAGAUGAAGCUUUUUCUUGUGUAGUCAGUCACAUCUAAAACUUGGAAGAGUCUAUCUAAAUCGUGGAGAAGAAUAAAUUCAAAUGAGUGUGUUGUGUGUUGCUUAUUUGAAUUGCAGAGAGAGCUAUCGGACUCCAUGAAGCAAAAGAUUCGCGCUGAAUACGAAGGUUUUGGUGGUAGCCCUGAUAAGCCUCUCCCAACAAACUACUUCCUAAACAUUAUGGUUGUGAUUGGAGUUUUGGCAAUUCUAUCAUAUCUUGCAGGAAAUUGAUUUGGUUGAUGAGUUUUUUCCAUUUAUAAUAUAACGGCAUUUGAUUAUAUGAAAUCCCUCCAAAGAUAUUUAUCACGUCAUAUACAAGUAUGAAUUAGUCCCUGGUAAUUUCUUGA